AUGUUGUCGUCAGGAUUGAGACCAUCGGCUGAAGCUCAGGCCUGCAAACCAAGUGGCCAUAUUACGGGAAAAAAACCACCUCCAGGACAAUGCAACCGGGACAAUGACUCUGAGUGUUGUGUUCAAGGCAAGCCCUACACCACAUACAAAUGUUCACCUCCUGUGACUAGCCAUACUAAGGCAGUACUCACUUUAAACAGCUUCCAGAAGGGUGGAGAUGGUGGCGGUCCGUCAGAAUGUGACAACCAGUAUCAUUCUGAUGAUAAACCAGUCGUGGCACUGUCAACUGGAUGGUAUAAAGGAGGAUCAAGGUGUCUAAACAACAUUAAAAUUAGUGCUAAUGGGCAAACCGUGACUGCUAUGGUUGUUGAUGAGUGUGACUCCACUAUGGGAUGCGAUGAAGACCAUGAUUAUCAGCCGCCAUGCCCUCACAACAUUGUUGAUGCAUCAAAAGCUGUGUGGAAAGCCUUAGGUGUGCCUGAGGAUGACUGGGGCGAGUUGGACAUAACUUGGACCGAUGCUUAG